UUUCACCAGCUUUUCGCGCAGGAUUGGUCAGGUUUCUUUCCCUCCGUUCCUGGUAUUAGAGACGAUGGGUGGAGUCAAGUAGAUGGUAAACUACUUACUGGGUUCCUAGCUAUAUAGUACGUGUAUUGCUAUAGACUUUGGAGUCCAUAGGACCGAGAAUGGACGGGAAUGGACUCGUAGUGAAGUGACAUGACAUAACAUUAUCUCUAGAUGAUGAUGGCUGGUCAGCAUGUGAGGAUACGCCUAGUACAGUACGGACCAUUACAGCCAAAUGAAGAAAAGACUCGGCGGGCUAUUGUUGCUGUGCUGAAAAAGAAACCUCCGGAACCCACGAUGGCCACAGAACAGAUCUACACGCGAUCCUUGACAGAGGGUCUCCGUCGACUUCUGACAACCGGGGAACACAACGACGUCACAAUCCUUGUCGGCACAAAAACAUUCCAUUGCCAUCGUCUCAUCCUUGUAGCGCUAUCAUCCUACUUCGAAGCCAUGUUCAAUUCCGGAAUGAAAGAAAGUAUCAGUGGAGAAAUAAAAUUCCCCGACAUGAACGAGGACCAAUUUGAAAUGGUGCUGGGAUAUAUGUAUUCUGGCAAGAUUAAUUUGGUGACAGAAAACGCUAUGGAUAUCCUAGAUAUAGCCUCCAUAUUGCAGAUCAAGUCCCUACAAAGAAUUUGUGAGGAAUUUCUGCUUCCUCAUCUAACAAAAGAAAACUGUAUCAAGAUCUGGAAAAUUUCGGUCCUUCAUUCAUGUGAUGUUCUCAGUGAGAAAUCUUUCCAGAUGAUGGUGAAAAAUUUCCAGGACAUUUGCAAAGCUGAAGAGUUCAAUGAACUGGAAGCUAAAGAGCUUGCAACGAUACUGAAGGAGGAUGAUUUGAAUGUUGAGAGUGAAGACAAACUUUGUGACAUAGUGUUAAAGUGGAUAAAAAAAGACAAAGAUGUGCGUACAAAGGAUGUCGGACUGCUGUUUGAGAAUAUACGAUUGCCUUUCCUCAAACCGGAGUACCUUCUAAAUCUGGAGGAAGUCUACAAGUUUCUGAAGGAUGACCCAAACUGUGCCAAAUGUAUAGACUUUGCCAAAAAGUACCAUCUCCUUCCCGCACGUCAGCAAGAGAUGUAUAGCAAUCAGACGCGAUUCCGUAGCACAGCCGACUCCGAGGAAGUCCUUGUGUUACUGGGCGGAUGUCUGACUACAUCCCCGCCCUACUCAAGAUCCCUCAAAGUGCCAUGUUACAACUUCAGAAAGAGGGUGUGGUACGAGAUUGCCCCUCUGCCCUUUGACCCCGGUAUCGAGUUUGCGACAUGUACAUACAAGUCUGAUAUCUACAUAACUGGAGGUGGCUCUAUGCAGAACUGCCUUCUCAAGUACGACUACAACAAGAACAAGUGGACACAGCUAUGUACUAUGAAGAGUGGUCGACGACGACACGCCAUGGUAGCUGUCACUGGGUACCUAUAUGUUAUGGGUGGCUAUGACAACAAACUAGCAGACGGUUCACGAAUGAUUUCCAGUAUUGAACGUUACGACAUUCGCGAGGAUGCAUGGGAACAUGUUGCAGAUUUGAUCAUUCCGGUCAGUUCAUUUUCGGCUGCGGUGAUGUCGGACGUGAUUUACAUGUUCGGGGGAGAAAUGAACGACCGUAAGGAUACGUCGGUGAUUCAAUGUUAUGACACACGCUUAAUGACCACGUCAAAGAUGGUGUGUAAGAUUCUCCAUCCUUGUAAACUCACACGUGCUGUGAUAUGUGGAAAGAGGGUGUUUCUGAUCUUUUUUGAUGGACAAGUGAUGGAGUUUUCUCGGCACACGCAAGACAACACACGCGGGACGUGUCGUAUGGUAGGUCAGCUCACUGCAUUCCAGCGAAUCCACUUCGGUGUGAUCCAUUUCCAGGGGAACGUGUUGGUAUUAGGAGGGGAAAUUGACACUAACACUCUCUGUGACGAUAUGAUCAUGUUUGACCCCACAACCUCGGGUUGUAAGAAAUUACUGGACACUCUCCCCGCUCCACGAUUGAUUGACAGCUGUGUCAAAACAGCCGUUAAGAAGAAAUUUCUACAGAUCCCGGAGGAACCAGAUCCCAGAUAAUGCCAAUUGGUGGGCACUUUUCAGGAUAAUAUAUUGAUGCCAAAUCUUCAGAACAGUGAAAGCUGUUAGACAUUAUGAGAGUUCCACUGAGGAAUAUAUACACAGAUCAAUCAUUGUUUAACCCUUUCAUCCCUACUGACCAUAUUGGAUUUCAAAGAUGAAUGAAUGGCAGAGUCCACUUAAGUUUCUUAGAGUUGAAAGGUUUAAAGACAAAGAUUAAGAGAUUUCUGUCCUUGUGCCAUAAUAGUUGUCCUAUUGUUUGGGGUUUUGACAUAUGUAUUUACUAGUUUUAAAUUACCUGCAUGGUGCCAGCCUCAACAAUAUUCACUGACUAAGGAAAUUCCUGAAUUCGAAAUUUUCCAUAGGAAAUCAUUUUAAUUCAUCGAAAUUUAAGUAAAGUGUCUUAGCUGUCUACAAUGUUUUAUUUUUGAAUAGUGCUUUCCUAAUAAAAAUUUAAGUUUAGGAAUUUCUUUAAGUUAUAGAAUGUUGAUGAAACUGAGGUGAGGUAAUUACAAAAUUGCAGUAAUUUGUGUAAGAAUUAAGGUAAUACUCUUUUUAAGGGAGAUAACUCUGAUAUAAAGAAUGACAGGUUAAAGUGUGUAAGGUAGCAUGUAUUCUAAAGGGAGAUAACUGUUAUACACAUAUAUGAUAUGAGAUCAAGCACAGUUCUUUGGUAUCUCUUUAUUUUUUAGGGAUAUGUUAUAUGUUACAUAUAUGUAGCUGUAUAACAGAAUAUAUUAAGGGAAACAACUCUAGCUUAAUAACAAAAUAUUUUAAAGGGAAAGAACUCUAAUAACAAUCAUUAUCAAAAUAUUGUUGGGUUCUUUGCCAACAUUAUGAAUGUGUAUAAUAUAUUGUAAUACCUACAACUUUACUAACUGCAUUUAUAUGUUGUUGACUUUUGGUCAGGUACACUUUUGAAUUACCAUGAUUUUAACUGUAAAUGCUCCAGUAUUAUAUACAUUAAUUUUGUACAUCAUUUAAGUCAGUCGAAGCCUCAUCUAGGCUUUGUCAUAAAAUAUGCAAUGUCGUCAUGUCCUGCCACAAUGUAAACCUUCAGCUGGUCCAGUACUGCACCAGCCAAGGGUUACUUGUAGGUUGGCAGAAUAAACUACUCAGUGGUUCAUACAUGUAGUUGGUAUUUGUUCAUUAGUAACUUCCACAGGUUUGUUUUUAAUAAAUAAAAUGAAGCACAUAUAUAAAACACCCAAAAUCAAAAAGAAAAAAAAAAAUCAAAAGUAUGCAUAUCAUGAUCAAUUGGCAACAAAUUUUAUUGAUAUACUGUAAUAGGAAAGGUUGGAUUAAUCAUGACUACACUUCACCACUACAAAAUGUUCUAGGAAUCCACUGUUACAAUAGGCAAACUGCAGGUGCAUACAUCGGAAAGCCUUGUCUAAUCAUAACUGAUAGUGUAUACUUAGGUUCACAGUUGAUUUUCCAUCACAACUGACGGAUAACUGUUCUAUACAGUAGGGAACUCUAUUACAAAUAUAAUCUAUGACCAUUACACCUUGCAUUCCUUUGUGUAUUUCAUGAUUCAAAUUUCAUGACCAGGUUCGAGGAUCAAAUAUGAUAAUGUGUUUGUUUUUGGUGUAGAUCUAUCCAUAUGGGUUAUGUGCCUUUUCCCAAAAUCAAUUUGCUCAAGGUCUCUUAUCUCUGCAAUGACAUUAUAUACUUUAUAAUUUGAAAUUAUAAAAAAAAAAAAUUUUUUCAAUGUGAGUGCCAUCAGAAUGUGUUUACAAUUGCAAUUGUAGUGAUCAUGAUGUCAUUAGAACUUGUUCACAAUUGUAGUGAUGUCAUAAGAACAGGUGCACAAUUGUAAUGAUGUCAUUGGAAAAGGUACACAAUUGUAGUGAUGUCAUAAGAACAGGUGCACAAUUGUAAUGAUGUCAUUGGAAAAGGUACACAAUUGUAGUGAUGUCAUAAGAACAGGUGCACAAUUUUAAUGAUGUCAUAUAAGAACAGAGGAACAAUUGUAGUGAUGUCAUAAGAACAGGUGCACAGUUGUAGUAAUAUGUAACAUAUUACCAUCAACAUCAUUGGGGUUUUUUUUUUUUGACUGAUCAUUACUUAAGUGUGUCAAGUUCGGAUUGCUUAAGAAGUGAAAAAAUAUUGGUCAUUAAACCAUGUACAUCACUGUCAUUUAGACUUUGUUAACAAUUGAUUUUUUGGAUGUCUCUGAUGAAAAAGUUUAUUAAAUGUGGAUUUGAAUUUUCUUCUUUUUUUUUUUUUAAAUGAAUGUUUAUUUCAAAAGAUAAAUGAUAUGCAAGAAGUCUGUAAAAGUCAGAGAUCUGAAUAUGAUAAUUGAAGUGCUCAUUUUUAAAAUCAUCAUCAUUGGUCAUGUUUGUACUUUAUAGACUGACAGAGAAGUGAAGUACCCAUUGUUGGGUGUAAGUUACUCAUUGUUUACGAUGAGAUAAUUUGACGUAACUGCAGAUUGUUUUGUGGAAAACGGGGAAGUAGAUUUUGUAGGAAAUCCAGCUGGCCUGAAACAAUAAACCACUGAGGACAUAACCAGGAAAUUGGAAUUGGAGAUAUAAGUAUGUGUUAACUAUCUCCAUGGUUACCUGCCUGAAAAUACCGGGAAGUAUUUAAUUGUUUGUGUACAGGUUAGCCAUAUAUAUAGUAUAUUGUAUGACAGGGGCUUGGUAUGGAUUCUCAACUCAAUGUUCGUAUAUAUAUGUUUUAUAUUAUCACAGGGGCUUGGUACGAAUUCUCAACUCAAUGUCCAUAUAUAUGUGUUGUAAUAUCAUGUCACAGGGGCCCCCCAGGCUUGGUACGAAUUCUCAACUCAUAUCCAUAUAUAUGUGUUGUAAUAUCACAGGGGCUUGGUGUGAAUUCUCUACGGAAUUUCCACAUAUAUGUAUUAUGAUAUCACAGGGACUUGGUGUGAAUUCUCUACGGAAUUUCCACAUACAUGUAUUAUGAUAUCACAGGGACUUGGUGUGAAUUCUCUACGGAAUUUCCACAUAUAUGUAUUAUGAUAUCACAGGGACUUGGUGUGAAUUCUCUACGGAAUUUCCACAUAUAUGUAUUAUGAUAUCACAGGGACUUGGUGUGAAUUCUCUACGGAAUUUCCACAUAUAUGUAUUAUGAUAUCACAGGGACUUGGUGUGAAUUAUCUACGGAAUAUCCACAUAUAUGUAUUAACAUAUCACAGGGACUUGGUGUGAAUUCUCAACUCAAUGUCAAUGUUUUAUAGAAUAACAGGGGCACGAAAAUUCCCUGUGUUACUAUAUGAUACAUAUGUAUGGACCGUGGGCUGGCAAUUUGUGUGUACAUUGACUCUCAACCAAUGUAAGAAACAAUUUUAUAGGUUGAAAAUCCAGGGAAGAAUAAUUUGAAAGCUUAGGAAACCAAUUAAUCCUGAAGCUGGGAAUAUACAAAAUUUCAUGAAUCCUUAUGAGAUUACGGCUGGCUAUACCAGAAGUUUAUCAAAAGUAAUGAUAUCGAUGCCAAAAACCACAUUUGUUGAAAAUAUAAAAGUCUCGUUCAUGUGUAAAUGCCAGUUAUUUGGCAGCAAAAAAUAUAUUAUAAGUUUAUCUUGUAUGUAUUAGGGGAAUCCAUUAGUUGUGAAGUUCUGCAUGGAUCCUGGGUUUGAGUCCUAUUUUGUAUCAUCCUUCUCCUCCUAUUGAUCAUGUCUUGUUUGGAUUAACAAUCUCUUUAAUAUUGUGUUACUUACUUACAAAGUCCAUACUUUAUCACGGUCAAUCUGUUGACGGCUGUAAAUUCUUGGAUUUUUUUGUUAUCCACCCAAUUAUGUAAUCCAAAAUGACUAUAUAUUCAGCCAUCCUGUCACAACAAAUUAGGAUGAGGUUGAUUUGUUCAGUUUGAUUCAUCAUGAACCUUAUAAAUAAGGGUAUGACUAAGUUAGCUUUAAUUUGAUUUCUGAUCUGUUUAUAUUGUUUUAUCAAAGCUUUAAGGAUUACUUAUGUACAUUGUAUACAUAUAUAUACCUGGUAUGGUGUGUCAUGAGAAGGGAGGUAACUCUUGUUAAACCAGUAGUAAUUUUAAAACACAACUGGUUUGAAAGAGAAACAUAUUUUCCAGAAUUAAAAACAUGCUAAUUUAGGGCCCAAAUGAAGGUUUGAGAAGUUUCUGUAUUGUGUAUAUAAUUAAAAUAAUUUAUCACCUAUGUUGCAUAAUAUGAUGCAAUUUUCAGACUUUGAUUUACACAGUCAGGUAUUUUGUAGGACUCUGAAUGUGUUUACAUUGGUACCUGAUGGGAAGGUUGAAUUUGUAAUCUUAUGCAUUUACAGGAAAGGGGAGAUAACUCCAUCAAUACAGAGAAAACAUAACAUUCAAAAUUUUGCAGAGUGUCAAAAAACAAGACACUUUGAAGUCCUUCUCAUCAGAUAAUGAAAUCACGACAAUUUAGAAUGCUUCUCAUGAUCAUCGGGUAAAUAAAAACAGCAAACUUAAAAAUACUUCUUAUCAGAUUAUUUCAACCUCUCUUACCGUCAGCUGGUGUCAAAAUAUAUAUCCGUGAGAAUGUGACAUGUUCAUGUACAUUUGAGCAUGGUUUUAUUGUGUAUUUGCAUUUUUAUAGAGCGUUUGACCACAGUUUGUAUAUUAACAUUGUAUACUGAUAUGAAUGUGUAAAAACUAGUCUGGUCAUUGUUAACGCCGUCUAUAAUGUUUAUUGUUUUGCUUUGUGAAUGAGAUCACAGUGCCUUUUGUACAUAUUUCCAGUAAAUCAGGGCUAUAUAAUCUUGGGUUUUACUAAUAGUGACGAUCUUUCAAACUAUUCUUAAUUAAAGUAAAUCGUUAAAAAUAAUUUGGAAAAUAAUACUGUAAUAAUUAAAUAUUGUACACUGUACUGUGAUGGAAAAUCAUAACUUCAUCCACAUUUAUAUAUAUAAAUGGAAGAACAAAAAGAAAAUUUCCUUGAUUCAUGGUAUGUGAAUCUGGAUUGCGCUCACAUACCAAUGUUUCAUAAUUCCUUGGUAAAAUCUAUCUUUCAAAAUCAAAAUAGACGGGGAGUGGGAGAUCAAACAGUCAUGCUUGUAGUUUCAUUGCAGUUCUGUGAUGUCCAGCAGAUAGAUUCCACAAGGAAUAUAAGAGCCCGGCUGUAGGGUUCAGUAAUCAGAAGUGAAAACUGACCAUAACAACAUCUCCUUGGGUAUAUCGGUAUCGAGAUAGAUGAUUUGAUGUUUUGAUAAGUACUUCUAAGGUCCUUGUCAGAAGAAGACCUGACACAUGGGAUCAUUUUGUAUUUGGACAAAAAAUAUAUUGUUUUGUUAUAAAAUUCUCAAAUAAUUGUGCCAAUAUCAAGAGCGUACAUAUAUUUACAACUGUUUUGGUGUCUGCUUAAUUGAUCACUAUUGAUAAGCUAUUGUUUGAAAAAAUGCUAUUAUCAUAAUUUGUUUAUGCUCGUAAACAGAAUUUUUCAACAUUUUCAAAUUUCAAUUCAAGAAAAAAUUUACUUCUUGCAAUUGUCUGUCCUGUAUUUAACAAGAACCUGUCAAUAAAGAUCAUUUGCUUCUGCCUCCAAUAUAACAGAACUCAUUGUAAAAUAACCUUUAUAUAAUGGUCACCUGCCCCUUUUCUCUGCUGCUAUGAAUGUCCUUUAUCAUGAAUUAUGGACAAGUUUUGCAGUAUCAUAUACCAAAGGAUUAUAAAAAUUGUACACAGUUGAAUUGUAAAUUCAAAUAUAAGUUUAAUAAAUCAAACUUUCAUUAAAUAUACAAAUAUUUGAUGAUGAUUUUACUGUAUAAUUGUUAAAUUUCAGAGGGUUUAGGCAACCAUUUUUUGUACAUCGGUUAUCUACUUCAUUUGGUUGGAUUUUUUUUUAAUUUUUGAAAUUUUAACCAAUUUUUACAUUAGAGACAUUAGACACACAAUCUUCCAUUAUUAUACAAAUCAAAUCAAUAAUUGGAUAACAGAUAUUAACAACAGCCAAACAAUACAUUUAAACGACAAAACAAGAAAAAACACAUAAAACAUAUUGAUUUUUGCUCUAUAUUUAAUUACCUUGUGAAUAUAAAGUAAUAGAUUUGCAUCCUAAUGCUUGAUUGUGAAAGGGGCAUUCCUUCGUUUGAAUUAAGUUGAUGUCAAAAUUAAACUUACAGGUAAUCUUUACAUUAAUACAGCAAAUUUACAUUCAAGAUAAACCAAAGUUCUUUGAGUAUUAAGUCCUGAAAAUUCUUAAUUCGGCCCAAAGUAUCAUUAAUUACCGCAACGACAUACAGUAUUCUUGUACGAUACGUCUUUUUCCUACACAUUUCAGUGUUUAUUUCAUAACUUGUAGGCACAAACAAUCAUAUAAUCACCGUUCUGACAUAGAUUUUAUCGAUACAAACUGUGCAUGUUUUUGGUGUCCGAAUGACGGAAUGCCCCUUUAAAAAUUAUUGAUGCCAUUGGCAACUAACACCAUUUUAGUUAUCAGAACACUUGCACAUUCUUGCCUUGAAGGUCGUCCUAUAUUUACAGGUGUGCUAGGUCUAGGUUGGUUUACUUCUUCAAAUCUGAGAUUUACCUAUUGUCUAUCUAAUUAUCUCUCGUCUUUCUGAGUACGGCCUUAUUUUAUAUUUUUGUACACCAUGAAGAAAUUUUCCUUUAUUUGGCUAACAGACACUAUAUAUAUGUAGAUACAUUGAAAGUAGAUAUGAUAUGGAUGUCUCUUGUCAUUUGAUAUUUAAAUCAUAAAAAGCUAAUGUUAAAUAUCUUUACAAUGUAAGUGUGCUUUGGAAUUUAUUGAUACAGAUUUAAAUUUGAUCCACUGAAAGGGACCAAUGCUUGAAUGUGAUAUCUUUUUUGUGAAAAUUUGUUGCUGUUAAGCUGGAGUUUUUGGACUAAUAUUAUAUUUAUUUAAUCAAGAGGUUUUGGAGUGUUGGCAUGUGUAGUGAUCUUUAUUUUCAUUUCUUAAAUUUGGCUUGUUUCCUCAAUGCUACGUAGACUGAAAAUUGUAAACAAACCAUAUGUUUACGUAUUUAUGUUACUGUUACAAGUGAUAUACAGUGUAUAAGUAAUGAUAUGUAAGAGACGUUAUGAACGGUAUCAAUACAACGACCGAGAUUUGAAUACAGAAGGUCAUUGUUGUGACCUUAUAAGAUACCAAGAUUCUCCAUAUAAUUAUAUUAAUAUAUAUAUAUAUGUACACUUUCAUGACUAUAACCAAUUCAACGACAAAGAAUCUUUGAUACUUUCUUACAAAAAAUGAUAUACCAGGUACAGAAACUGUGACUAUUUUUCAUUAAAUUUUCAGCAGUGAAAUAUCGAAAAUAUUCAUUCUAUAAAAGUGAUACUUUUCACAAGUAAAAUAAAUAAACUUUACUGAUUUUUUUCGCUAGAAAAUAUCACUUUUUCCUGAUUUGACCUAUCAAAACACUGCUUACAAACGACAAUACGGAAAAUAAAAGCUGACCCUGAUAUGUUUUGCUCUAAAAUGUAAUAAACAGAAUAUCUAAAAGUAUCUUUAGUAAUACCAAAUAUAUUUCACUCGUACCGCAAACAUUUUGAUGUUUUUCACUGGUGCUUCGUACUCGUGAAAAAUAUCAAAAUAUUAGACCGCUGGUGAAAUAUAUUUGGUAUUACAGAAGACAUUGUUUGGUAUCCUCUAUAUAAUGUGUGACGAUAAAAGGGUAUGACAGUUUUCAUACCUUGAAUAGUACAAAGAAACUGGAUUUUUAUGGAAAUCGGUAAAUAAUAACUAUCGGUAUGAUAUUGAUGAGCUGGCGGAACAUAAACGUCAAUAUCUUAAUUACGAUUAUGACAAAAUAAUGUAUGAUUGUAUGAAUUUAGAUGUUUGAGUAUUUUGUAAAACAAGAUAUUCUCGGGGUUGAAAUGUUUCCUUGCAUCCGUUAUAUUUGUCAGCGCUUACGAUAAUGCAGAGUUCUCAUUCGAUAGUUAUAUGACAAAUAAGCUCCAGCAAUUUUUUUAUGAUAUAUAUAAAAUAUAUCUGUUUUUCAGCAUUGACAGCACUAGACGAUUUACUAUUAAAAUUAUUACAUGACCUUGUGAAUGUCACAAACAACUCUUUAAAGUAAGUCUGUAUUAUAUAGUUUAGCAUUAAGAACAUGGGUUAAAAUCUCAAAUAACUUAUUGCUAACGUGUACCACGUUUUGUGGACACAAGACGAAACUGAUGCAAGAAAUCUAAUCCUAUAAUAUUUCUUUUCUUUAAUAAGUGUUUUGCCGUUGUCGGCUGUUAAUUAACAUGUGGUUCGAGUGUUUUGGUAAGGGUCAUGUAGAUACAGUAAUUAAUACACAAAUGCAUCGUGAUCGAGUGCUGGUAUGUUGAUUUGUCAAAUAAAACACAUCAAUGAUCCAGUUG